CAGGAGGCCUACACGCUGUUGUUGUGCUGCCUCAAUGUCUCUAGUGAUCCCCGAGAAGUUCCAGCACAUUUUGCGAGUACUCAACACCAAUAUCAAUGGGCAGCGGAAAAUAGCCUUUGCCAUCACUGCUAUUAAGGGUGUGGGACAAAGGUUUGCUCAUGUGGUGUUGAGUAAACCAGAUACUGACCUCACCAAGAGGGCCGGAGAGCUCACUGAGGAUGAGGUGGAACGUGUGAUCACCAUUAUGCAGAAUCCUUGCCAAUACAAGAUUCCUAAUUGGUUCUUGAAUAGACAGAAGGAUGUCAAGGAUGGGAAAUACAGUCAGGUUCUGGCCAACAGUCUGGACAAUAAGCUCCGGGAAGACUUGGAGAGACUGAAGAAGAUUCAGGUUCACCAGGGGCUGCACCACUUCUGGGGACUUCGUGUCAGAGGCCAGCACACCAAGACCACCCGACACCGUGGCCACACUGUGGGUGUGUCCAAGAAGAAAUAAAUCUGUAAGCCUGUCUGUAAUAAAGUUUAUACACUUAUGGAAAAAAAA